AUGAACCUCCGCCUCCAGGGCCCAGAGGGCGUGACGACGCUCGAGCUUUCCGACGGGGCGAGCUUCGGCGACCUGAUUGACGCCGCCGCCGCCGCUUGCAGCCUACCUGCCUCGCAAGUGGAGCUCCGGUCAGGCUUCCCUCCGCAGCCUCUCGCCGGAGACCGGGCGGCGGCGGCCUCGUCCUUCGUAGGCGCGGGAGCGCGACUCGUCGUGAGCAAGGCACGCGCCGCGCCCACCCAGGCGCACAACCCGCACGGCAGCGGCGGCCGCAAAAAGGCAGCUCCACAGAGGCUGGCCGAGGGAGCCGCGCCGCGCGACCGGCUGCUCGCCUCCUCCUCGUCCGGAGGCGUCGUCAACGGAGGCGGCAGCGGGGGCGAUGCCAGCGGCAGCGGCGGCGGCGGCGGCAGCAGCGGCGGUGGCGGCAACAGUGGCAGCGGGUCAGAUUUUGCGCGCCGGAUGGCGGAGGCGAAGAAGCGGAAGCGCGAGGGCGGCGAGGCCUCGUCGUCGUCGGCCGCUCCGCGCUCCGCCGCGCCCCCUCUCAACCCAAACGCCGACCCGCUGGCGCCUCUCCCUCUCGCGCUCACGCUGGCCAAGGCACGCGGCGGCGGCGGCGGCGGCGGCGGCGGCGGCAGCGGCGGCGGCGGCGGCGGGGCGGCGGCGGCGGCCGGGAAGGUCAAGGUCAAGGCGCGAUCGGCGGAGCAGUAUGCGGGAGAGAUCUACUCGGGGAGCAGUGGGGCGAUGCAGACGGCGGCGCGCGGCGGAGGCAAGACGGGCGAUUUCCUCUCGGAGCACGCGAUGAUUGAGUUCCGCGUCGCGGCCGUCCAAGGCCCCGCCUGCCAGCUGCUGUGGUGGCCGAGGCCAACGAGUGAUAAGAAUGGGUCAAUGAAGAAUGGACCAAUGAAUUGGACAGGUCGAAGCUACCAGCUGGAGCCGCUGCCGCGGCCGACCCCAAAGGCGUGCCCGCAGCUGGCCUGCACCUUCAAGGCCGUCCGGAGGCGCGCCUUCGAGACGCUGCAGCUGCUCGACCGCGCGUCGGCGCUCUCCAAGCGCGGCUCCUCGUCGCGCGGCGGCACCACCUCGCACCUCCUCUCACUGCAGGCACUGCUGCCCUCGCCACGCCGCUGCUGCAGCGCGGCACAGCAAUGCCCAGCGAUACCUGCGGUAGACACGCGGUCGCUCGUGCGCGAGUUCGACGGUGACGUUGAGGGCGGCGUCGAGGCGCUGCGGCGGGAGGUGCAGGACGGGGCGGCGGUGGAGUCGUGA